AUGCUAAACUACUCCUUUGUCGAUAAGAAUGAAUCAAAAUUCGACAACUUGAAAAUGGACAACAGUUCUAGCUUGGAAACUGUUGUCGUCAUAAAUUGCAUCCUCAAUGCUCCACUGAUGUUGACAUCCAUCACUGGUAAUGCUUUGGUGUUGGCCGCCAUCUUGAGAACUCCUUCGCUUCGUUCGGUACCGUCUACUGUCUUCCUAUGCAGUCUCGCUAUUAUAGAUUUUCUUGUUGGGCUUGUUGUCCAACCUGUUUACAUUGCCAGUAAACUUCACCAUUCAACUGGUGGGCCGCUUGCCAAAGUCGAAUUUUUAAAGAGUUGAAACAGGUGCCAGUUGCGCAUUUAGAACGAGCUACAAUUAAAACCUGUGAGUCACCGCUUGUUUUUGAAAGGAAACGCCGGACGCGCAUCAACAAAAGCUGGGAAAUAAUCGAAGAUGCUAAACUACUCUUUUAUCUAUAAGAACGAAUCAAAACCGGACAACAUUGGAAAUAUGAACAACAGUUCUAACUUUGAAACUAUUGUUGUCAUAAAUUGUAUUCUCAAUGCUCCACUGAUGCUAACAUCCAUCACUGGUAAUGCUUUGGUAUUGGCCACUAUAUUGAGAACUCCUUCGCUUCGUUCAGUACCAUCUACAAUUUUUCUAUGCAGUCUUGCUAUUACAGAUUUUCUUGUUGGGCUUGUUGUUCAACCUGUUUACAUUGCCAAUGAACUUCAAUAUUCAGCUGGCGGGCCUCUUUAUAAAGUCGAAAACUUUAUAUCUGUUUCACUUUGUGGUGUUUCCCUAUUAACAGUGACAGCCAUAAGCGUGGAUCGAUUUUUAGCCCUCCACUACCAUGUGACGUAUCCGAAUUUGAUGACCACAAAACUUGCAAUGAAUACUUCAGCAAGUCUCUGGUUUGUUUCCAUACUUUUUUCAUGCCUUAGGGUUUGGAUAGGAGGCUUUUUAUUCCUUGUUACACGAGUUUUUAUUGCAGUUUCUUUUGUCAUUUCGUGCGCUUCUUACAUCAAAAUUUAUAUCAUUGUUCGUCAUCAUCAGAUCCAGAUUCACGCUCAACAACAAGCUGUGAUGAACAGUUUUAAUAUUACAGAUAGUAAUAACCUGAUAAUAUCGAAGAAACGUGCUUUAAAAACUUUUAUAUACUUCAUUUGCAUGAUAUUUUGUUAUUUACCAUAUAUAUUUUAUUCAUUGCUAAGUAACACCUCAGUUAUAGCUCUUGACAGGAAUUGGUCGAACUUGGUAAAUAAUGUUGUGUUCUUGAACUCGUCCGUAAAUCCAUUUUUGUAUUGUUGGUGUAAUCAUGAAAUCCGCACGUCGGUUGUAAAGAUAAUACGAAAGAUGAUGUGUAGACAAACAGAGGAAGCUGACUAGGUUGUGGAGUUGCGUUAAGGUUCAUUGUGAAAAAUUGUGCCCCAUGUAAAGGUUUCCAAGACAGUCUUGGAUUCUGGAUUCCAAAGCCGUGGAUUCCGGAUUCCAGGCAUGGUGCGAAAAAUGAUGUGUAGACAAACGAAGGAACCUAGCGAGCUUGAGUGUUAAAAUUGUAUUUGUAAAGAGCGGAAUAUAAUUGUUGUGAAGUAUUUUGAAGGUUAUUUUAAGUUUAUUUCGUGUUUGUGCUUGACGUUUCACUCGUGAGUAGAGUCUUGUGAUGAUCAGUUUAUAGAUCAAGGUUAAUCCGUAUUUGUGUCGACAGGUUUUCAAAUUCGAUUACCUUUUAAAGACGUUUUUCAACAUGAAUGUCAUUUAUUAAAUUUGAUUGUCAGUCCUUGAAGUGGGCACGUUUUGGAACCGUCGCUGACCUUGAUUGUUACCUACAUCAGAGUUCCUGUUUUGGUUUAUGGUAGAGCUUCGUGGGUUUAGCUGUCACGCUUUCAUUGGUUUUCCUAUGGGUUUGUUUAUUCCACUUUGGUUAUCAACAGAAAAUUCGUUUAAGUCACUCGGAAAGGCGUUUGUAACUCUCAUGGUCAGCAAGCCUAAAUGUACCUACGUUUUAUAUAUAUAAGUUGCCAGUGUUUAGCACAAGAGGGAGAGUAGUUGAGAUAAGUUAAAGUUAGUUGACUAAGAGAGGUCGUUAAGUGAUGCUGUGAACAAGAUAUAAGAGCUUCUGUAAAGAUUAAAGAACAACAAGAUGUAAACUCAGAUACCUGGUACCUCUAAGCUCAGCGAGCGAGCUGCUCGUUAACCCCCUACGUAAUACAGAUCUUUACCACGCCAUGCAAACUUCCCUGAACUAGUGCCUCAAAAAGAACAAUUUUGUUUCCGCGAAGAUUUUUGUGCUGUGAUACCGCACUUUAGAUGAUUUGUCAAAACCAAAUUUCGCAGCGAGGCCUUCAAUCAGUAUAUACUUUGCGAAUAUUUUCGCCACGUCUACGCAGUCUGCAGUUCCCUGUCUGUUGAAAAUUUGAAAUACUUUAAGUAUGCCUUACUUUGCGAUAAACAGGAGCAUGGUGAUCGCGUUUUAGCUACUUUGAUUAUCCACGACUUUGGUGAUCGACUUUAACCACAAAAUGGGCGUUGAAUCCAUUUAUAUUUCAGCAAGUCUGUUUUUUUACAGUCUUGCCUUAGAAAUGACCUCAUUAUACCCGUCUGCCGAACCACUGUAUUUUUUUUGCUUCCGUGUCUUAUCCAGGGUUCAUACAGCAAAUUGCAAUCAUUUUUAAGGACUUUCCAAGGACCUCAUUUGAUUUUCCUGCACUACCUACCAGGAAUGUACAUCACAGAUUUGUACAUAUAUACAUGUUGUAGUCAAUUUUUCAUCUCAGGUAAUUUUUGUUUUUCUUUUGUUUUGGGGUAUGGUAAUGUAUGCAAAUGAAGUUGAAACAAAAGAAAAAUAAAAAUCACCUGAGAUAAAAAAUCAACUACAACAUACACAUUCUCUGUCCAAGCUAACGCUCAAGCAGAUUAAGGCCUGGGUCUAAGUCACGAAUUACAUGUAAAAAGAUAAUUAUAUAUUUUACCAUUCUGCUUCUUAAGGAAAUUGUUUCUCCUUUCUUCUUAGCAUUGAUGUUUCUUGCUGUGAAAAUUUAAGACAGCAAGGCCGUCAAGCAGGAAACUCGUCUUUUACUUCAACAUUGAGGAAUACGGAAAUAUGACCCCGCAUGAAUUUAUCGCUUCAUCAGGUUUCCAAUAAUUUCGAAAUAAUAGCAAAUACAGCAUGUGAAAAUGCCACGCAAAGUAUAGCUAAAUUAAAACAAAUGUAAAUGCUAAAUUGAACAAAUUGAACCUCUUGUGAUAGGGCUGGUUUCAUCUCUCAUCUCAGCAUGAAUUCGAAUAAAUUAAAAAUGAAUUAGUGAAUUCAGCACGAAAAGUUUUCUAGCAUUUCCCAAGUCUACUUAAUACUUAAAAAAAAAGCUUUUUUAAUGAUAAAAAUUUUUCUUUUAAUAGAUAAGGACGUGUAAAUUUAAAAUUUCAAUAUUAACCUUGAAUAAUACAAAAAAACCCGUAAGUCUCAAGCUUUCAGUUUGAGCCCCCUUCCUUUCGUGGAUAGUGUUUUUGUAUGUUACCACCUAAGAGAUAAAUGUUUCUUGAUGCACUGUGUAAGUUUCUGCAUACUAUUUUGACAUGAUCGGUAUACUGAUAACUGCGAGGCAAUUAAAACGUUGGGAGACUAAUUACAGCUCAUCUAAAUUUUACUUAUUGAAAACAGAGUUCGGAUGAAAAGGGUUUUCAAAGAGGGGGGCGUUGAGGUCUAUAAAAAACCGAAAAACCGGUCCUUGAUCUAAAAAUUACCCAAAACCGAAAGAUCACGAAAGAUUUCGAUCGAAACCCAAAUCCGAAUACAAAACCAUCAUAACCGAAGAUUUAUACCGCUCAAUUUUCAAAACCCUAGUCUAGAUCUCAAACGCUAGCGACAUGUGAAGCAUAGGGACCAAACGGUAAAAUUGAAGAACAUUUCCCCAAAAAAUCUGUUGGCCGUCUGUCGGUAGACUGUCGACCGACAGUUUACCACAGUUAUACACAGCGAAGCCUUCAAUCAGUAUACAUUGCUAUUGAUUUUUUCCUCGUCUACGCAGUCGAAAGUUCUCUAUCUGCUGAAAUUUAGAAAAUACUUUUUUUCUGGCUGAAAUUUCGAAAAGGUAAGUUUUGAUCCCUAUAAUUUUCGGAUCACUAGACUUCCCGCUAGGAAAUGCAAACAGGUGAAAAAUAUUUAGGGGAUAAAAAUAUGUUUAUAUAUACCGUUUAAAUACUAAAAUACGUUUAACAAUAAUAUGUUUAAGUGGUUUUGAACUAUAUUCUCGUUGGGUGCCCCUGACUGAGGAGUAUUUCCUUUGUAAAAUGCGUAAAAUAACUUUUCUCUACCACCCUAAUAAUUUAUCACUAUUGUUUUUUUUUAUUUGUUUUUAUUUUUUUGAAAAGCGCCUCUAAACUUAUAUCAUGCUAGCGCAUUUAUUAAAGAGAGUUGGUUAAAGCAAGAAUUGUGACGUCAUGUGGUUUGAUUAAGCCGCCAUUUACACGCAUUAUUGUCUUCACGUUCCUAUUAAGCGAACGUCUACUUUAGUUUGCAAGAUUAUUGCAUAUAGGGGCGGGAAGGGGGAUUUGAGGUUAAGAAUUUAUUUUGAAAAACAGCGUGUGCUCAGCGCCAUGGGAUGAUCUAUUUUCAUAUCACUAGCAAGUUAAAUAUUCAUUUUCGAAAUCCCUAAUUACUAUUCAUCAACGCUUAAACGAGUGCUGUUCUGCUUAUUAAACAGAGAAAGGAAAAAACUUACAAGGAAAAUUGCCCUGUGUGAUGCAAAUAUAUAUUAAGUGCUAUUAUAAGAUAACAACUGAACCAAUAAACGUCUUUCACCCGCCAUUUUUAUUACCUAACGCUGAGAUCAAUGGAAAAUUUUAAGUUACCAUAAACUGGAUAUUUUUUUGUUACUAUUCGCUCAAACUUGCUCACCAGCUCUCGUUUUAAAACGUCUACACUGUUUUGAGCUUUCCGGAACAAAUCUUAAAAUAUUUUUUUCAGGUUCUUUUUUCAACUGCUAACGGUAAAUUCAUAACUAUAACGGUCUUAAUAUUUUUUAUCGCCCUCCAUCCAAAUAUCCCGGGGGUGAUAAAGGGAGUUUUCGUUAAUGUGGAGGAGCGGAGAUCCAACCUUUGUUGAAUUGUGUUUGACAAAUCCUAUAAUUUUCACCCUUCCUCGCAGUUACAAAUUAGGGAGCUUUUAAGCUCAUGAUAUUACACGGGACAAUUAGCAAGGACGAUUUUUAGCGCAACACAGCGUUGCAAUGUUGGAACAAUGUUGUAACUAUUCGAAACAAUGUUGCUAAUUGUUUCGUAUAACAUCACCUUUAAACAAAAGAGUUUUUUAAGCGACGCACGUCAACAAGAAAGGAGGCCUUUUAGUAUGUCUUAACGCUAGCAAAUUUGUAUUUCUAUAUAAUGUCUCAUAAACAGACGAUUUGCCCGAACAUUUGAGUAAAACCACUGCCCAAAAUGCAAAAAGUCCACUUCUGGUUGACGCGCGUCCCUCAAAAACGCUUUUGCUAAAGCUUCCUAUUAUCAUUUAUCCUUACGUGUCACAAGUACAUAGACCCUUACCGUUGCAAAAUUAUAAUUUUUAAAGUAUAAUCGUAGAAUUUCGAAUUUUAGCAAAGUCUGUUGAGUACAUUUACAAAAGAGGGAGAAAGGUCGGGGGGGGAUAGGGGGACACCGGAAUCUUUGUCUUUAUAGACCCUAAAUACGCCACAUGUCCGGACUGAAAUAAUUACACUUGCCCACUUCCUGAGCGGACAAAUGUUAUUAACACCCAGUAGGUUGUUCGCGUUGGUAAAUUUCUAGAGCUUGCAGCGUUUGAUUAGUUUCCGUCUAGCUUCCGUCUAAGAAUGGCAAGGUAUGUAUGUUCGACGUAUCCAUAAAUAAUGUCAGUUUGCAAUGCUGUUAUUAAGUUCUCUUUAGGUCUAAAUGGGACUGAAAACGUUUCUAAGUUUCUGUUGCAAAAGAUCAAGCCAAUUUGGAAUCAAGUCAAAAGGUUGAAAGACCGUGCAUAUUUAAUAUAUUUACUAAACGGCAUAAUUCCAUUCGAUUUGAUCUUUGAUAUUUUCUCACAGUUUCAGUCAAAGCGUUAUGAACGAUAAUUUUCACUAGGGAACUUUUUGUUACACCCUUCUUAUUUCUUUCUUAACUUAAUAAUCAUAAAUAUUCGACUUUUGAGUGUUUUAUGAAAUAAUCUACUUAAUGAUGGCUUUCUGAAAGUUAGAGAGAUUUCAUUUGACGUCCUGUUUUCUAUCUUUAGUAUUUUCUUCAUAAAAAGGUGGUAUUUUUGACUUCAAUACCGACACUUUCUUUGCCCCCCCUCCCCCUCAGUGGACUAAAUUUUACUUAUGGAAAAGAGAGUUCAGCCUUCACGAUGAAUUCAUUAAUAAAGACUUUUUAAAGAGUCAAACAGGUGCCAGUUACACAAUUAGAACAAGGCAACGAAUUAAAAGCUGCAAAGUCACCACUUCUAAGUUUGUAAAAGAAACGCCACGAGCAACAACAAAAGCCAAAAAAAAAGAAAGAAAUCGAAGAUGCUAAACUACUCCUUUGUCGAUAAGAAUGAAUCAAAAUCCGACAACUUGAAAAUGGACAACAGUUCUAGCUUGGAAACUGUUGUCGUCAUAAAUUGCAUCCUCAAUGCUCCACUGAUGCUGAUAUCCAUCACUGGUAAUGCUUUGGUGUUAGCCGCCAUCUUGAGAACUCCUUCGCUUCGUUCAGUACCGUCUACUAUCUUCCUAUGCAGUCUCGCUAUUACAGAUUUUCUUGUUGGGCUUGUGGGUCAACCUUUUUACAUUGCCAUAAAACUUCACUAUUUAACUGGUGGGUUUAUUCGCAAAGCCACAUUCUCGAUGUCUGUUGCUCUCUGUGGUGUUUCCCUCGCAACAAUCACAGCCAUAAGCGUUGAUCGACUUUUAGCUCUUCACUAUCACAUGACGUAUCCGAAUUUAAUGACAACAAAACGAGCAUUAUAUGCCUCAGCAAGUCUCUGGUUUGUUUCCGUACUUUUACCAUGCCUAACAGUAUGGAAAUGGAGAGUUUUUAAUCUUAUUGCAGGAGUAUAUAUUGCAAUUUGUUUCGUCCUUUCAUCCGCUUCUUACUUCAAAAUUUAUUUCAUUGUUCGUCACCAUCAGAUCCAGAUUCACGCUCAUCAACAAGCUGUGGACAGUUUUAAUAUUAGUGUAAAUAUUCCAGAUAGUAAUAACAUGAUAAUAUCAAAGAAACGUGCUUUAAAGACUUUCGUAUAUUUCAUCUGCAUGACAUUUUGUUACUUACCUUUUCUGUCUUAUUCAUUGCUACGAGCCACCUUAAUUAUAGGCUAUGAGGAAAAUUGGUCCUUUGCAGAGACUGUUGUGUUCCUGAACUCGUCCGUAAAUCCAUUUUUGUACUGUUGGUGUAAUCGUGAAAUCCGAACGUCAACUGUAAAAGUAGUCCGAAAAAUGACGUGUAAACAAACGGAAGUAGCUAGCGAGCUUGAAGUUUAA